AUGGAGGCUUUUGUGGAUCACUAUUUAGUUCUUGGGUUACCCUCUGGAGAGGAAGCUCUGAAGCUUACCGAGCAGGAGAUUGGGAAAGCAUACAGGUCGAAAGCUUUGGAAUUGCAUCCGGAUAAACGCCCAGAUGAUCCUGAUGCUCAUGAGAAGUUUCAGAGUCUCAAGACAUCUUACGAGGUUCUCAAAGACGAAAAAGCCCGAAAGCUGUUUGAUGAUCUUCUUAGAAUCAAGCGUGAAAAAGAACAGAAGAAGUCCCAAGUAGAUUCCAGGAGGCGUAAGAUGAUGUCAGAUCUUGAGGAAAGGGAGCGCUCUGCUUUUGCUCCUAAUUCUGCGGCUAGACCUUGUGACGAAGAGGAGAGAAUCUCAAGGAAGCUUAAGGAGCAAGUAGAUAGGAUACGCGCACAACACGCGAAGAAGAAGAGAGGUGGUUUUGAAAGUCCAGAGAGUGGUGUAGAUAAAAAGAGAAAGGAAGAUAGAAGAGGAGCUGGAGCCAGUGUUGAACUCGAUAAAGAGAGAGUGUUGAAGGUUUCUUGGGAAACGAUUGGUGAGGGGUAUACAGCGGAAAGGCUCAGAGAAGUGUUUUCAGAGUUUGGUGAGGUUGAAGAUGUUGUUAUUAGGAGUACCAAGAAGAAAAGCUCUGCUCUUGUUGUAAUGGCUACAAAGGAUGGAGCCGUUGCAGCGACGAGAACAUUGUGUGGCCAUCUCUCUAAUCCGUUGCUGGUUGUACCUCUUCAGAAAGCAGCUCAAACCGAUUUUUUUACCGUUAAGAAAUCUGCAGAAGCAGAACCGCAAAGCGACAUAGUAGGUGCUGGUUACCAAGCUUAUGAAGACGAGGUCAUGCAAAAACUUCGAAAGGCGGCUAUGAACCAGAAACGCUGA